AUGUCCCGCGGCGGAGGCAGAGGCGGCGGUCGCGGCGGCCGAGGUGGACGUCGCGGCGGCGGCGGCCCCCAACUUCCCUGGGAAGGCGAAGACGUCGACGCUCGUCCCUCCGAGCUUUUCCCUGCCUACUCCGUCCCCGAGGCGAAACCUCUGACAUCCCAAGAAACCCGUUCCGUCGCAGCCUUCCUCCUCCUCCGCCACCAGAUCCACGACGGGCCCCUUUACACGACACGCAAGCUCUACACAGCCGCCGACUCGGCUUUCUCCUCGUCCCACAAACACUACGGCCAGGCCCAGCUCAACGCCAAAUACGCUGCCGGCGGCGGCGGCGCCCGCACAAAGGCCAACCAGGACCCCUUCACCGCCGUGCCGACCUACGCCCAGCGCUUCGUCCGCGCCGAGCGCACGCUCCCCGACUUUGGCGCGCGGCCCUACUGUCCCGAGUUCGUGCCCAAGGAGCUGCACGCCACGUUUGAGGGCGCCGAUGGGCCCGGCGGAGGCGGCGGCGGCGGCAGGAAGAGGAAGCGCGGGUUCCAGCUGUCGUCUAUACGGGCGCUGCCCACGGCAGAGGAUGUCUUUGGCAUUACGCUGCCCGAGGACGAGUGGGACGAAGAGGCCGGCGGAGAGGACGCGACGAAGAGGAGACUGGAGGCGCUGAACAGGAUGGGGCGGGAGCCCGAAGGCGAGGAGGCCGAGAUGGGCGAGGACGACGAGGCGGAAGAGGAGGAGCAGGAUGAGGAGUACGACGAUGAGGAUGCCGGCGAUUACAAUGCCGAAGAGUACUUUGAAAACGGCGAUGACAUGGAUGACGACGGCGGCGAUGACGACCAGGGCGGGGACGCCUACUGA